UAGAAACCGUCACAUACCAUCCUUAAUGCAGACAUAUAUGUGAUCUUUCUCAUACACAGAUACAACGUAUACAGUUAAAAAUAUACAAAUAUAUUUUUAUUUCUUUAUUCCGGAUAUAUUUUACCAGUGAUGCCAGCACCAAGAAGGGUUAGAUAAGCUUUAUUAUUUUGAAAGAAUGAGCUGUAUUGGAAUAAUGUACCAGCCGUACAGUAGCUCCGCCCAUUUUACAUCCAGCCCCACCCCCUCCUGCUCUAUCUCCCGCCCCACCCCCCUAACCAGUCCUAGUGAAGCUAGCCCCGCCCUAAACCAUGGUAAACCAACCAGUCCACAUGCUAGCCCCGCCCCCCUCCUACUACCAGAACAAGGAAUGAAAACAGAAAAUUUAGAAAAGGAAGUGUUUAAGACGGAAGGAGGAAAUGAAAUUGGUCCUGUGACUGAAGAAUCUUACACAGAAGACUACAGGACUCCAUACACCAGUCCUAAAAUUUACUCCACCCCUAGAGAACCUUACUCCGCUACUAGAGAACCUUAUCCAACCCAGAGGGAACCUUAUUCCGCCACGAGAGAACCAUAUUCCGCCACUAGAGAACCUUAUUCCGCCCCCAGGGAACCUUAUUCCGCCCCGAGAGAACCUUAUUCCGCCCCAAGAGAACCAUACACCGCCCCUCCAUUAGAUUCACGGGAACCCUCCUUCCCUCCUCCUACCCCUACUCUACAGGAAUUUUCCAGAAUACCCAUCCAGACUUUUCCCCAAGAGUACACUCGGAGAGAACCCUCAUACCACUCCCCUCCGGGGGCCAUGUACCCCUCCCCCACCCCCCACUCUAGCUCAACAGGGGGCUCAUGUGGAGCACCCACCCCCACCCCUGCACCUCUCACUCCUGUAUCUCCUAGUAAUAAUAGUAAUGAUAGUGAGGGUGAGGAGAAUAUUGCUCCUGUAUAUUUGGCUAGAAAUGUUGUUGUUUACACCCAUACAGCAGGAGAUGUGGGUAGUCUCGUUGAUCUACAUUUUACAAAAGCAUUGGAUCAAUCUACCUACACACAACAUAAAGGAACUCCAAUGGCCUCGCGUAACCUCCCUCCCUCCUUCUUUAAUGCCCACUAUCACGGAAAGACGACAUUUGCUUCAGAAUACGCAGACUAUGCGUCAUUACAACAUCUAGCUGCUCAUGCGCAGGAUCCUUGGCAGUACGCUGCACAGGCUACUGGUUCCUCCUACCACAGAUCUAUGCAUGAUCUAUACUCCAGGAGUGGACCUGGAUACUCCCUGUUUAUAAACACUCCACGACUCCCAGUAAAAACCGAGACUCCCUGGAGCGGAGGGGAGUACUCCACCUCCUCGGGGGAGUUCCCUCACUCCCUAGAUAGAACCUACUCCCACCCUUACCAUAGUUUAGGGGGAUCAGAAGGAGGGUCCGUAGGGGCCCAGGAUGCAAAGGAGUUGUAUUGGCCAACCUUUUAGAGAAAAUCAUCCAAAUCAAAAAGGCGAAAAUCCACGUAAGAAAAAAGGAAAAAUGCCGCAAUUUCCUGCAACGAACAAUGUACCAUAAACUGAAACUUCUGAACUGAAACAGUGAAAAAGUGUGACUUCAAUCUAGAUAAAAGAAAAAAAGACGAAAUCUUAUAUUCAUACAGUUAGUUCUAAAUACCUGUUCCAAAUUAUUGUAAAUCGUGUGCUCAAAAAUAGUUAAAAGUGGCGAAAAAUGCUCAACAUCGAUACAUGAUCUCACAGUCUAACGGAAUUUUUCAAAUAUUUACUUCUCAGAUUUUGAGAUAGAGAUACAUACUGGAUUUUAUUGGCGGGGUUAAAUACUUAUUUGACGUUAAGCCUGGAAAAAAAACUGGAGGAAUUUAACUCACUUACAGAUUAAGACUUUUUGUGGUCUAGGGAUAUACUUGAUAUUUGGAGUAAAUUUACCUAAUUGCCUAAAUUUAAAGAGUUUAAAACAAUGUGACGAUGUUUAUACAAUGACCCAAAAUAAACACGUGGUUGCCAUCAAAAUCUAGUCUGAGUUUAUAUAAAAUAAAAAUUACAUACAUAUCAGUCUGAUUAAAGAUAUUCGUGCCAUAAUUAAAAUUCCUCCAAAAUAAUUAAAUUAAAAAUCUGGUUUUUGAAUACUAUUUGUUCCUUUAUGUUUUAUUAUAUGCCAAACCUAUUGUCAACAGUUUUAUAUAAAUAA